UCUAGUGAGGCCGCUAGUGAUUGUGCAGGGCCAUUCGUCAACAUGUGGCGCGUUGCGGCGGACGCAUUUUUUGGAAAUGGAGACAAUGUGGAACAAACAAGAAAUUUUCGGCAAAGAAUUAAUCCAUUUGAGGAUUUCGAUGACGAUAACUUUUUCAGAAAAUAUAGGUUCCCGAAGCCUAUAUUUACUGAACUGCUGGAUAUUCUCGAGCCGGCCCUUGAGCGAAAUACACACAGGUCCCACGUGUUGGAUAGCUCGCUUCAGCUAUGUACUGCCGUCCGAUACUUCGCCCAAGGAGGGUUCCUGCCAAUGGUAGGGGAUGUGCACGGUAUCGGUCCAAGAGUAACAAGCAAGUGCAUUCACACCGUAGCUCAAGCCAUUUGUGAUCGUAUGGACCGAUUCAUCCGAUGGCCAACAGUCGACGAAAUAGGCAUAGCUAAGAGGCAAUUCUAUGAAAGAUUUCAAUUCCCGUGCAUAGUCGGCCUCAUCGAUGGUAGCCAAGUACCUAUUCAAGGUCCAUUUCCACCUGCUAAUGAAGCCGUGUACAUUUGUAGGAAAGGAUUCCACUCAAUCAAUGUUCAAAUUGUUUGUGAUAUGAACUUGAAUAUCAUUGAUUUAGACGCAAGAUGGCCCGGGUCAACCCACGACUCCUUCAUUCUUCGCAAUUCCCACAUAUGGGACAUGUUCGAACAAGGGCGGGUUAUUCCAAAUACCUGGCUCCUCGGCGAUAGUGGAUAUCCGCAGAAACCAUGGCUCAUGACACCAUACCAGAAUCCAGCAAAUGAUGCGCAGGAACGAUAUAACACGCAGCACAAGCACAUUCGCUCCAUCGUUGAACGGUGUAAUGGGGUGUGGAAGAUGAGAUGGAGAUGCCUUACCAAACCAAACAUGUUUCAGCCGGCAAAAGCGUCGAAAAUUAUAGCAGCAUGCGGUGCACUGCAUAAUUUUGCUGUUGCACAUGGAAUUCCCAUAGGUGAAGAAAUUGACGAGGAUCUCAUCAAUCAGCAGCAUGACGACCCGAAUCAUGAUCCGGAACCCAACGUUGGGAAUGAUGGUGCUCGUGCACGUGAGGAUCUUGUGCGCCGAGUUUUCACCCGCAGACAAUAAACUGUUUUAAUGCAUCUUCUCAUAGUAUUGCGAAGAAGUCAUUCCUUCCGUUCCCGAAGAAACUUUUGCUUUUUUUGGCAUAGGCCGGGGCGUAUCAGAUCG